AUGUUUAAUGAAGUUACAGGUGUGACUAAAGGCCUUUCUAUCUUUAAUGAUUACCAGAAAACAUAUAAUGGCGACAGAGGUUAUCAAUGGAAUGAACAUUGGAAGAAGAACUUUUACCAGGAGUCAAACUCCAUUACUCCUCAGAGAAGGCAGCUUCCAGAGAACGAUUAUAAAGGUGGGAAAGUCUUUGACCAAAUGUCACGUCACAGUAUACAUCAGGUUACUCAUAUUGUGGAGAGGACAAACAAGCCAAGUAAAUGUGUCAGAUCUUCAAAGCAGUCGUCAAAUCACACUGAACAAGAGAGUAUUCAUACUGGUGAGGAGGAUUACAAAUGGAAUCCAUGUGGUAGAGUCUCCAGUCAACCAUUCAGUGUAAGUAGACUUAAAAGAAUCCAUAUUGGAGAAAAACCUGGAGAGAAGCCUUACAAAUGUAAAACAUGUGGCAAAGCCUUUAGAUUUUAUUCAUGUCUUACUGUACAUGAGCAGAGAAUUCAUACUUGGGGAAAACUGUACAAAUGUAGGGAACGUGGAAAAGGAUUUAGUCGGUACUCAAAACAUACUCAACAUCAAAGAAUUUCUGCAGGAGAGAAGUCUUAUAAUUUUUCAGAAUGUGGCAAAGCCUUUAACUGCCAUCAGUAUUCCUACCUUAGUAAACAUCUGAGAAUUCAUACUGGAGAAAAGCCAUAUAAAUGUAGAGAAUGUGGCAAAGCCUUCAACCGGUCACAAAGACUUACUGUCCAUCAGAGAAUUCACACUGGGGAGAGACCUUACAAAUGUAGACAGUGUGGGAGAGCCUUCAUCCAGUCCUCACAUCUUACUGUUCAUCAGAGAAUUCACACUGGAGAGAAGCCUUAUAAAUGCAGAGAAUGUGGCAAAGCCUUCAGGCGGUCCUAUAGACUUAAAGAGCAUCAGAAAAUUCAUACUGGAGAGAAACCUUAUAAAUGUAGAGAAUGUGGCAAAGCCUUCAGCCAGUCCUCAUACCUUACUGUCCAUCAGAGAAUACAUACAGGAGAGAGAUCUUACAAAUGCAUAGAAUGUGGCAAAGCAUUUAGGCAGUCCUCAAACCUUAUUCGACAUCAGAGUGUUCAUACUGGAGAGAAGCCUUAUAAAUGUAGAGAAUGUGGAAAAACGUUUGCCCACUCCUCAAGCCUUACCCGACAUCAGAGAGUUCAUACUGGAGAGAAGCCUUAUAAAUGUAGAGAAUGUGGAAAAGCUUUUAGUAUUGCCUCAACCCUUACUUAUCAUCAAAGAGUUCAUUCUGGCGAGAAGCCUUAUAAUUGUAGUCAAUGCGGCAAAACCUUCAGGAAGUCCUCAACCCUUACUGACCAUCGGAGAACACAUACUCAAGAGAGACCUUACAAAUGCAUAGAAUGUGGUAAAGCCUUUGGCCAGUCCUCAGCCCUUACUGCACAUCUCAGAGUUCAUACAGGAGAGAGGCCUUAUAAAUGUAUGAAUGUGGCAAAACCUUUAUCAAGUCCUCAAACCUUACUAAGCAUCAGAGAAUUCAUACUGGAGAGAAGCCUUACAAAUGUGGAGAAUGUGGCAUAG